AUGGCUGGAAAUAACAAAGACUCCUCUUCAUUAGAUGCUACGAUACUCACCAAAAACGACAUUUCCAUCGUCGUACCUCCAUCCAGGAACACCGUCCCUUGCGACGGUGCCACUGCAUCUCCCUCCCCAAGAGAUCUCCAAGACGAUGCACUCCAGCGUCUCGAGAAUACAGACGGGAAGGACAACCACGAAGAGAUUUUGGGCAACCCUUUCCUCUCCAAAGGUCAGACUCCCCAAGACCAGACCAUGAUCGCUGUUCUGGCCGUUCUUGCCCAGACUAACGCGCUCAUUCAGCAGCAAAACGACAGGAUCGGGGCACUCGAGCAAAAACACCGACCGAAGACUCCCCCCGGUCACAAGCAUCGCUCUCAGCGCGACAUGGUUCCCAAGAAACGCCCUCGGUCUCCCUCCCCCAGGGAGAACGCGGGUCCGUCCUCCAAGAAAGGGUCAAGCGACCACCGCUCCCGACACCGGUCACAGUCUCCUCGACCAAAAAGAAGAUCUCGGUCACCCCGACAAAGCACGACGAUAAUCGGAGGCGACACAGGCGGAGUCGGAGCCACUCUUCCACUCCCUCCGCCAGCGACGACGAAGAAGAGCGUAGAGGCCCUCUGUCCCACUCAAUCUUGGAAGCGCCCCUACCGGCCGGUCUUGAAAAACCCCCACCGCUGGGCACAUACGACGGGACCACCGAUCCGGACGAACACAUAG